UGCAUUACUUGCUGUUCUCAUCGUACAAUAACGAUAAUGGAUACCGUUGCUGAAAUUUACGCAAAUUAUCGUCAAGAAUUAGAAGAAACGAUGGAGGGCUUACGACAACGCGGACAAGCUUUUGGAGAAAGUGCACCUCAGCUGAUUGAAGAUACCAAGAGUCAGAUCGAACCUCAAACACAGGAGCUUAUAAAUGCGGUCCAAGAUACGAGCGAUGUGUCCAGUCCGCAAAAAGCAGUGAUCGAGGUGUUCGCAUGGGGUUCUGUGAUGGUAUUGUUCGCCAAUAUUGGCCUUGGAUUUGGAUCUUAUAUUCUUGGUCCAUUCGUUUCAAUUUUUGUUGGAAAAUUUGGCGCUACGCUAGCCGCUUUCAUAGCUGUUCCACUCUACGCUCACUAUGAAAUCAAGCAUUUCACUGGAAGUGACGUUGGCAUUCGGUUUGAAUUGCUGUCGCUAGCGAUCUUUCAGGGAGUGCUGACAGGAUUCGUCAUCGACAGUCUCUAUCUGAGCGCAACACCGUUUGCAGUGCUUACUCCUGCCAUUGUUACUGUAGCUUUUGCGACAAUUUCACCAACUGCAAAUGGAAACCGCAUCACAUUGCUGGGAGGCUCCAUUGGUGCAGCGGUCGGAGUGAAUUUCUUGCUGGGACUAAUCACGGGAAGCCUCACGUUUGUCUACUUCCUAAUGACCCUCACUUAUGCUGGUCUUACCGCGGUGACAAUGCAGCUUGUUUUCAAAAAUAUUCAGGGAGACGCACAAGGCCAUGUAUACCAGAACUUACUGUCGUGCAGCUUUAUCAUCGCAAAAGGAAUGUUUUACAUAUUGUUCGGAUCUUACAAUCAAGAAGAUGUCCAGCAAAACGAUCAAUCAAAUCAGCGUUAGGAAGUUGAAUUUUGAAUAAAG